UGUGGCCAGCCUCAGACAAGAACAAGUUACAAGCGCGUGAGUGACCUGCUGCUGCACUCUAGACUCAACUCUGUCACCAUGACUUACUAAAAGGUCAUCAUACUUAAUUAAUUUAGUGUCUGAUAGAAAGGAAGAGUAAAAGAACGUUAUUCAGCAGUUCACUGUCGUGCCGACACUCACAGCAGACUCAGGAAUAGAUCACCAGUGAUACUCAUCAGUCUCGCGUUCACGCCCUCCAGGAUGCCCUCAGAAACAAUAUCCCCCGAGAUGAGAGAGGAUGUGCAAGUGGAGGAGGAGGAGGAAGACAGAGUGACCGACGGCUCCGGAACAGAGUCUGAUGGUGAGACCAACAUCAGAGAGAGGAAGACCGAGAGGAAGGGACUUCAGCGUCAGACUUCCAUCCAGCGUGAGCUUGCUGACGCCAUCGUCCGUCUGGCGCCCAUCGAGGAGCUCAAAUUCCUGCUGCAGUGUGGUGCCAAUGUGAAGGACCCCGUGACACAAGGCCUGUCACCUCUGCACUACGCCGUGUGGCAGAGAUAUCCCGAGGCUGCUGAGUUCCUAAUCAAUGAAGGAUGUGACAUAAACGCCCGGGAUGAGAUCGGCUACACCGCCCUGCACCUGUCAGCGGAGCACGGCUACACCGAGAUGAUGAAGACACUUAUCAAACACAACGCUCAGAUUAACUUCAACAUCCCUCCAGAAUUCGACGAUGAAUUCCCCACCGAUGCCCUUGACGAACCUCUGCGUCUGGCAAUCAAGCAUGACCAUCAUGACGCUGCCAAAUUGCUCCUGGAAAACGGAGCAAACCCCAACACUCGCUAUUUCUUCGGUUCAGAGAUCAAUCUCGUCAACCCACUCAACACAACACUCCUCAACCUCCUGCUGACUUACGGCGCCCAUCCCAACGCCAGGGACCGCCACGGCUUCACGCCCCUCAUGAAGUGUUGCCGCCUCCAGCAGGAGGCAUCAGAAGAGAUGGAGAACCGUGAUAACAUCUUAGGUGCAGAGAUUCUGCGCCACUUCACACAGACUCUGAGGGGUCUUGAAGCUGUACUUCUUCUCAUCUCCUUUGGAGCUGAUGUCAAUGCACGCACAGAGGCUCGACAUGAUUACAGAUCAGUUCUGCACUAUGCUGUGCUGUCAGGCUCAGUACCUAUUGUCAACCUCCUACUGAAGCAAGGGGCAAGAGUCAACUUUGAGGCAUCUUACAAUAAGCCUACGCCGCUGGACCUUGCCAUUCUCAAGGGUGACUUGGAAAUGGUACGCCUCAUCCUGGACAAUGGGGCAAACCUGGAUGCCAGCUCACCCAUUAUUGGCUCCCCAUUGCACAUGGCCUGCAGUGAGGGCAUUCCCAACAGACUGGAGAUUAUCAAACUUUUGCUAGAGAGAGGAGCAAACCCAAACAUUGUGAUUGUGGGUGAGGACAAUUCUCCCAUCAAGCCAGCACUUGGAGAGUACCUGGCAUCUAAUGAAGAGCCUGAGGUAGAGGUAGUGAACCUCUUCCUGAAGCAUGGUGCUGAGGUGGUGAUGCAGAGUCAGAGCAGAGACCCCCGAGGUAUGCUCAACUGCCUGCCCAACCUCACCAAGAGGCCUGACGUGCUCAUUCCACUUCUGGAGGCUGCCCAGCGUUUUGAUCUCAACAUCAUCAAACAUUCAUCUCUGAUAGACAAUGAUCAGAGGAAAAUAUAUUUAAAGGUGGGCCAGUCACCGCUGCCCUUGAAACACCUUGCUCGUGUGUUUCUGCGUCAGGAGCUUGGCAACAAGCUGCCUGUCAGAAUAGAUGAGCUGAAUCUUCCUGUGAUCAUGAAGAAAUACUUGUUAUAUGAAAUCAGCUAACUGGCCAGGCCCUGUUAGUUUUAAGGUAUAGUUAUUUAGGUAAUUUGUAUAAUUGUACAGAUCCAGUUUUUUUUGGUAAUAUGUAUAUAAUUAAUUUUUGUAUAUAUUUUAUCUCAACAUAGCCAUAAGGCUUCUUGAGUUGAGAGAUCAACCUGGAUAUCUUACAGUGAUUGCAUCUCAUUGCAAAGCAUGUGCCUUAGACAGGUUUGGAAAUGCUGUGCAUAUGUAUCAUACACACACUUCUUUUUUCCAUGUACAGUAUACUUGUGGUGAGAAUCAGAGAGGUUUGUAUUUAUAGAACUCCUUGUGUCUGUUUUAGUAUGUUACUUCUUCUUCUUCUUCUUCUUCUUCUUCUUCUUCUUCUUCUUCUUCUUCUUCUUCUUCUUCUUCUGUUGAUUUGCAUUUCAUUAUUGUGAUAUUUUAUGGUUCACAACCUCAGUGAUAGUACAUACUAUGAUAGUUUAUAUAUUUAUAAGAGUAGACAUCUCAGAAAUAUUCAUAUUUUUUUAAUAAACACAAAUUUUCAACAUAGAAAAUAAUGAAAUGAGAAGAAACCUAUAGUGAUUCUUCAGUUUCACAGAAUAGAAGUACUGUGAAUUAUGAAGGAUUUGUCAUGGCUGAAGAAUCUAAUAAAUAGAAAGAAAAGAUUGCUUAUAUUAAAAGCUUGUUUUAAUUUGUUGGUGCUAAGGCAGACUCUUCAUUGAUCACUUGGCAGUAUUUCAUCACAAAUCAUUUUUAGUUUUAUCAUAAUGAACACAAUUCAUUUGUGUUCAAAGCUUCUUCAAUAUAUACAUUUUGAAAUUCAUUCUACAAUUUUCUUUGUGAAAAUUAAGGCAAGCAAAGUGUUCUAGAACUAAUAUGAAGUAGAAAUAAACCCUGCCAAUUUCUACUAUUAGUACAGUAAUGAUACUGUAAUCAAAUGUGUUGCAGCUCUAGGGAAUACUGCUCAUGCUAAUUAAGUAACACAUGAUUAAGCUUCUUGUUUUGGUAGUGAAUACAUACAUGGAUAUGGUGUUAGUGAUGAUUGCCAUUAUUUUUACUGAACAUUACAUUUAUUGCACUCUAUGCAUAUUUAUUACCUGAAAUGUUUUUUGGGAGGCUUGUAUUUGUUUAUCUAAUACUGAAGUACGUAUUUGCUUUUUUUUUUAGAUACAUAAUUAUUUCUUUAUUCUUCUUAUAAGUAUUCAUUCUGCUGUAUUUGCAGAGAACAUUUUUUUAAAACUACAUAUUAUAUUAUUCAAAAAUGACUUUGUCACUCAUAAGAACCAUAUAUGCUGUUUAUUAUUAUUAUUAUUAUUAUUAUUAUUAUUAUUAUUAUUAUUAUUAUUAUUAUUUUAUUAUUAUUAUUAUUAUUAUUAUUAUUAUUAUUAUUAUUAUUAUUAUUAUUAUUAUUAUUAUUAUUAUUAUUAUUAUUAUUUCUCAUGAUAUGUAAUAGAUGUAUUUUAUUGAUAAUUGAAGAUAAUCAGGUGAGAGAUUCUUUAAUUUUUUGGAAGGAAGGAAGUAUAGGAGUGAUGAUGCAAUAUUCCUAGAAUGGCCAUGUCCUUCAUUUUCUCUGUAAUGUUAAUGAUAAUAAUUGCUGAAAUGCACUUUUUAGUUUGGAGCAUAAAACUUUGAAUUGAUGAUUAAUUCAGCUAUAUACAUCAUACACAGUACUUGAAGGUUAGGUUCCAGUGUGUCUUCAUUUGCGGGGAUUUACUAAAGCAAAUCUCACUCUGCUUUUUUACCAGUCAUGAAAUCAUAUUUUGCAUAUCAUUAAUGAUUGUAUGUAUAUAAUUGUUGAUUUUUGUAAUGGCAAUUGUACAUUAUUUUUUUAAUAUGCAUAAUCUAUUCAUUUUCUACUGUUUUAUAUUCACAUAAGUAGAAUAGGGUUAUAUUUACAGACUAAGAUUUUAUAUUUACCUAAAGUGAAUUAGAAACUUCAAAGGGAGGAUCUUUAUAGUUUUGUGACCAUGACAGUAUACAUAUGUUAUGUGGGUGCCAAAAGGAAAGCUUGAUUAUCUAAAUCUCUUGAGUUAAAGUUUCUAUAGUCAGAACAUUCUGAAUGCAUGAAAUCUUAUUUUAUAAUUGGAUGAUAUGUUAAGUAAAUCUAUUUUUUGAUGAAAUGAUAUUUCAGUGAAAUAUUAUUUUUUUCAAAUGUUUGAAACUUGCCUCCCAUUUCUGGUUAAGCUCAAUAAAAUAAUGUUGAGGA